CGGAGGCGUGAGCCUGGGCCGAGUCGUUGUAUCCAGCAGCAGUUGGAAGUUGGAACCCCCCCACCCUCGUCUCCAGAUCCAAAUCCAGAUCACCCACCCACCCGUCCAUGGAGCUGGAGGCGCCGUCGCCGGCGAGGUACCUGCUGGGCGCGGCGAUCAUGAUGGCCGGCGUCGUGCUCCCGCUCGCCUACAUGAUCUUCCGCAGCAAGCGCUCCUCCUCCUCCUCCGCGUCCGCCGCAUCCGCCGCCGCCUCCGCCGCCCCCUCCUCCUCCUCCUCCUUCUCCAAGCAGACGAACAAGGGGCUCUUCUGACGGCCCGCGCGCUCGCAUUCCGUUUGGCGAUGCUGUUGUAGCUGGUAGCGCUAGCUCCAUCCUACAAGAAAACAAAUCCCAUCUGUAUCCGCGGUCUGUCUCUGGUGUAGUAGUGGUAGCAUUUGAGCUGUGAAUCUCUGUCUCUAGUAUGUCUGUCUCUGAGAAGUUGAGCAAUUUUUUUUGGUGAUGAAAUCAAAUGAAAUGAAAGGGAAACAAACUGGUGUGUGCUGCUGCGUUGUGCAAUCCAAUGACUUCUUCUUGUUUCUGUCAAUACCAGUACAACUUUGAUUGAUACCAUGCAUUGUCAGCAUGAUCCUCAGUAUGCCACCCUGAGCAGUCAGCUUUGCUUGUUGCCACAGCUGAUCCUGAUCAUAGUAGCAUUGUUGUCGUUGCAUGGUGGAUAAAUCGCGUAUUUGUUUUAGCUUAUGUAUAUGCAUCUAUGGUUAGACAGGAUCAAGAAGAGAAUUCACCGAUGGGCUAGUUUGUGACCUACCUGCCCUCGAUUGCAGUUUUGGCCCUCUCAUCUCUUGGGUACACAUAUUGUCUUCUUCAGCACAGCGGUGCGCUGGGUAGGUGAUGCUUAUUGCCAUUUUGCUGUAUAUGAUAUACUGCCACUCUUAUGCUUAAGGUCGCAAUUCCUUAGCAUCAGCCUGUGGCUAUUUCAGUGCUUAUAUGUAUCAGAUGAAUGUUUAUCAGAUGAGUUCACCCCCUUACAGUGUAGGUGGUGAUUAAGCUAUAUCAAUAGAACAUGAGGCCCUUCAGUUUUGUGUUUAGUUGACAUGUUUAUGAUGUGUUUGGAUGUUUGUAUUGGGAGCCUUGGCAUUGCAUUUGGUUGAAUAUCAAUAUCACACUAUAUUGGUAUUGAGAUUGAAUGCCAAUAUUUUUGUUUGCAUGUUUAGGUAUUCGGAACAGAGGCUUGAUAUUGAGGUUGCAUGCCAAAUGUUGUUUGGAUGAUGAAUGGUGAGGAAUUGAGUUGUAGAUCGAGCAAAGAGGAGACCGGACGCUGGAGACCGUGGUGGGCGUGGGACAGGAGGGUGGCACCAGCCGCCGGAGAGCUCCGAUGGGGCCGGAGGGUGGCGCCAGCCGCCGGAGAGCUCUGACGGGGGCAGGAGGGUGGCGCCAGCCUCUGGAGAGCUCCAUCGGGAUGAGAAGAGGCGGGAGAGUGGUGCCGGCCAGCGGAUCUUUGGGUGCAGGCGUGUCGGCCACCGGAUCUCGGGGUGGAGGCGGAUGGGGCGGGAUGGGCGCCGCCGCCGUUCCUCAGGGCACACACGAGGGAGAUGGAAGGGACGACGCUGGAUGUCUCAAACUCUCAAUGUGAAGCGAUGUUGAGGACAGACCCUCCGAAUUGGGCCGGGAGCUUUUUGCCUCCGGGACGGUUCGCUCGAUAUCGAGCCCGAAUGUCGCGGCUGAAUGCCAAGAUCAGCCAAAUGGUGGUAUUCGGGGUAUUCGGCCCAAGAUCAGCCAAAUGGUGGUAUUCGGGGUAUUCGGCCCAAACGAAUGUCAAUACCCAAUACUAGGUCCGAAUGCAAACAUACAAACACAAUGUAAAGUUUUAUGUGCAGGAGAGGUAAAUAUACCUUAGUCAUAUACUACUAGGUUGCAAUUGAUCAGCGUAGGCAAGCAUGUUAGGGGUAAUGCGCAUCAAUUCAGCUCACUCUUUUAUUAUGAACAAGCUUUACUAAUGUUUGAGUUUGCAUGCG